UCCUGUAAGAACAAGGAAACCCGAUGGCUCCUGUACAGAUACAGGUUCCUGUGAUAUAGAAUCCUCCUGUGGAAUAUUCCAAAAAAGUAAAUUCUUCCAUUCAAGGAUGAAUAGAAACAGGAAAAAGAUGGUAGAAAGUCUAAUAAACCUCACCCUACAGAUACUGUUCCAGCUUACUGGAGAGGAUUACACAGUAGUGAAGAAGUCCUCUAGUGGGCGCUGUCGGGCCCCUGUGUGUGAAGGAUGUGGAAGAACCCUGAGCCCACUCCCGGGGCCCCCACCUCACUCCCCGAUACAUGAGGAAAUGGAUGAACAGAAGAUCCUAGAACUCAUCAACAAGAUGAUGGAGCUGCUGACUGGAGAGGUUCCUAUAAGGUGUCAGGACGUGGCGGUCUAUUUCUCCAUGGAGGAGUGGGAGUAUGUAGAAGGACACAAGGAUCAGUACAAGGAUCAGGUCAUGAUGGAGGAUCAGCAGCCCCUCACAUCAGCAGUCAGAUCCAGUAAGAGAACAGCACCAGAGAGGUGUCCCCGUCCUCUUCUUCCACAGGAUCAGGAUCAGCUUAUGAACGAAGGUGAAGAUCUAAACAAUAUUAAUUCUCCAGACAUAAUGGUAAAAGAAGAAGAAGAAGAAGAAGGAGGAGAGACAGAUAUGUGGGGAGACAAGCAAUGUAUAGAGGAUAUUUUUACUGGGAAAGACUUGAACAAUAUUAAUGCUAUUAACAUAAUAGUAAAAGAAGAGACAGAUGGGAGCAGUGAUGAGCAGUAUAAGGAGGACAUUCAUACAGGGAAAGAUCUGAUCUAUAUUAACGCUACAGACACAAGGGAUGAAGAAGAGACAGAUGGGAGCAGUGAUGAGCAGUAUAAGGAGGACAUUCUUACAGGAAGAGAUCUGAACUUUACUUAUGCUACAGACAUAAGGGUAAAAGAAGAGACAGAUGUGUGGGAAGAUGACCAGUAUAAGGAGGACAUUCCUACAGGUAAAGAUCUGAUCUAUAUUAACGCUCCAGACAUAAGGGAAGAAGAAGAGACAGAUGGGAGCAGCGAUGAGCAGUAUAAGGAGGACAUUCCUACAGGGAAAGAUCUGAUCUAUAUUAACGCUCCAGACAUAAGGGAAGAAGAAGAGACAGAUGGGAGCAGCGAUGAGCAGUAUAAGGAGGACAUUCCUACAGGGAAAGAUCUGAUCUAUAUUAAUGCUACAGACAUAAGGGAAGAAGAAGAGACAGAUGGGAGCGGUGAUGAGCAGUAUAAGGAGGACAUUCCUACAGGUUACUGCCUAGAUUCUUGUACCAGGAGAUCAGAGGAACAUCCAAUAUCUGCAUAUUAUGAAGAAAAUCAUGAUAUAACACAAGAUACAUAUGAAGAACAUUCCAUUAUCCCAGAUACACCCUCAGCCCUUCACAGCCAAGAUCUGUCAUCUCAUCCUUAUAUACAGGUCCUGUCUUCUCAUUCAUCACGGACUACUAAACAAAAUAAAAGUCCCAGAAAAAGUGUUAAGUAUGGAAGAGAAGAGAAAAAGACUUUUUCAUGUUCAGAAUGUGGGAAACAUUUUCCUGCAAAAUCGAAACUUGUUAGACAUCUGAGAAUUCACACAGGAGAGAAGCCAUAUUCAUGUUCGGUAUGUGGGAAACAAUAUCGCAACAAAUCCCAUGUUGUUGAACAUCAGAGGAUUCACACAGGAGAGAGGCCGUAUUCAUGUGCGGAAUGUGGGAAAUGUUUCGGACGGAAAUCAAAUCUUGUUGAACAUCAGAAAAUCCACACAGGAGAGAAGCCAUUUUCAUGCUCAGAAUGUGGGAAAUGUUUUACCCACAAGUCAUCGCUUGUUUUACAUCAAAGGACCUACCACAACUCGGCAAAGUAGUUUUUUUUUUCACUUGUUUUGUCAAAAAAUUGAACAGGAACAAA